CUUAGUUCGGAGCGAUGGCGGAUGCCACUUGCUCUCCUGCCAAGCACCCUCUGCAUCGCCUUCCUUCCGGCAUGCGUGUACCCACUGAUUCUCCAUCACCUUCUCGUCCACGUCGUCGCCGUGUACGCGCCGUGGCUAUGAUCCUGGACGACGUGCUAUACGACCAUUCAAAGCUCUUGUCGCAUUUGGCGAUCGACCGCGGCGUAGCUCAAUUGCUGUCGGAAGGCGCGUUCCCAACAAACGCUGCCGCUUUCGAAGCUCUUCAAACCUUCCGCAAUGCUUACGGACUCCGUAAACGCUUCCCGCGCUUCGUUGAUAGCCUCGUGAGUGGCCCACAGGCCAAACUAUCGCCGGCUCAAGCGCAACGCGUCAUCACGGCUUACUAUGAGAGUAAUGUACCGGAAGCACGAAGCAUCACGCCAUUCGCGGGUGUACGCAAGACGCUAAUGGAGCUACAAGACGGCGGUGCCUGUCAGCUAGCGCUGUUAUUGAUCGGUAAGCCGGAGGUACAACGCGAACGACUUAAGGCUCUGGGAGUCGAGGAUCUGUUCAAUCAAGUGGUAUACGUGAGUUCCAAUCCAAGCUUGGCGCAGAUCACAAGCGCUAUGAAACAGCUUGCGAGGCAAUUACAAGUACCAUCGUCUGCCGUCAUGUUCGUGGGUCGCAAGGCGUUCUACGAGAUCAAAGCGGCGAAUACUGUGGGAAUGCUCACUGUCCGCAUGCUCUUCGGCAAGUACACGAGCGUGAUGCCAACGGACGAGAUGGAACAGCCCAACUUCCAGAUCGAGUCGAUCGAGCAGCUUCUGCCGAUUGUUAAACUGGCAGACCAGCAGAUGCUGCAACCUAAGAUCGUGGCGAUUGGUGGCGGCACGGGUUUGGCUGUGCUACUCAAGGAACUGCGCCACUAUCCUGCUGAUCUCACUGCUGUCGUCACCGUAUUUGACUCGGGUCGCCACUCUGGUGCGCUACGCAAAUAUCUUGGCAUCCUUCCACCCGGAGAUAUUCGCAAUUGUCUCGUGGCGUUGUCCGACUCCGAUGAACUCUUGAGCAAGUUGAUGAAUUAUCGCUUCCGUGACAACUUCAUGGAAGGCUGCAGCUUAGGCAACCUGCUGCUAGCUGCGCUGACCGAUCUACAAGGCGGUUUCGACCGUGCUAUCUCGUCCAUCUCCGACAUUCUCAACAUCAACGGAUCCGUUCUACCAGCCACACUCGAAAGUACGGAGCUGUGUGCCGAACUUAUGGAUGGAUCCACAGUUGUCUCUGAAGUUAAUGUGCGUAGUCCCUUCAAGCCAGAAGAAGAGGAAGAGCCUCGUUCCGAGUCCAGUUCUUCAACAAGCAGCUCGAGCGGAACGCCACCAGCAACACCUCCCAAACCUGAAGAGAAGAUCAAGAAAGCGCCGAUCAAGCGCGUAUAUCUGGAGAACCAGAACGUGGAAGCUUUCCAGCCUGCAGUGCAAGCCAUCGAGGACGCCGACAUCAUCAUCCUCAGUCCUGGUGGUUUCUACACUUCGAUUAUCUCUACGCUGCUGGUUCCAGGCAUCCGUGACGCCAUCGCACGGAGUGCCGGUGCAACCGUGUACGUGAGCAACGUGACCACGCAAAACGGUCAAACUGAUGGCUACACGUUGGAGAAAACGCUCGACGUUCUCUCCACUUAUCUCGGUGCGAAUGCCAUCGACUAUGUGAUCGCGAACAACACUCAGCCACCAGAAGACGUACUUGCGCCUUAUGUAGAGCGUGGAGAAGAACUGUUGUUGCCUACCCAUGACAUGGCAGCUAGUAAACAUCCCGUGUUGCUCCAAGGACAAACGUUCCAGGAAGAUCUAGUAGCUGGACAUGUGACGCGCGAGUGGAAGAAAGCACCGAUGCUCAAGCACAGCGGUCGUCGCGUAGCUGCAAUUCUCUACACCAUCAUUGACAAGGAGAUGGCACGCUACCGGCAACAACAUGAACCACAGUCUGUAACCCCAAGUACAUGUAGUGCUGCAAAGCCGAAGAAGUUAUGGAAGUCAGCGUUUACAGCACCCGCCGCGGUCUUUGGAUUGCUAGCAGCCACAACGCUACUGGCAUCUGUGUUUCGUCGUUAA